AUGGAGCCUGUGUCCUCGGACGACAACCCCAACGAAGCUCUUCCACGUGUGAAUGCCGUCAACGAGGGUGACGCGGAUGCCACGCAGGAAGAGCGGUGCGAGUCAGAUCCAGUGACAAGGUCCGAGUUUGAGGCCAUACGUUCCAUGCAGAAAGGCACGGCCGAAACCAUGGCGCGGAUCGAGUCGGCGCUGUUGGCUAAACUCGCUGAGCCGCCAGCGAAGAAACGCAAACAGGAUAACGCACGCGGGGAGUGUGACCAGACGGUUCGGCCCAGGAAGUCACGUCGCGUUGCGAGUGCGGAGGACUCGUUGGACGACGAGGAAGUGGAGGAUGAGGUUGGGCGUCACGUGCUGUCGUCAAGCUCUCCCAUUUUGCAGCGUGCGCUGAAGUUUCUCCCUGCAAACAAGGGAUGGAAGGUAUGUGGCGCGUUUGGAAACGAUGGAUUUCCUGUAGCGAUAGUCAAUGUGCUGUGGUGUGGUAGUAUGCUCACGUGUUGCAAUCCACGCGUGCCGCCGCAGGAGAUUUGCGAACAACUGCGGGUGCAUCUCUUCCUCAACGCGGAAGACACCGAGAUGUCGUUCUACCCUAGCAGUGCGGCAAAGAGUGCGGGCCUCUGCGCUAUCAUCGAGCGUCUUACGCCUGCGUUUGCAAGCCUUGCGUUGGCGGCCGACAAAGGUCGGCGCACGGACUUGAACCACGCUUUGAGCGACUGGAAAACGGGCACAGCAGGCCGCGUGCGCGACAUUGCUCUCCCAAAGCUUGGACUGUUCAGGGACGAGCGGGAUGAGAGCAGUCCAUGGGCGGCACCCAAGGCACGCUCGGCAAAGAGGGUGAAAGAGCGUGUUGGGCUCACGAUUCAUGGGGAGGACGUGUUCACCAUAUCCAAGUGGAGUGAGGACCGACGGGGCAUGCCUUUUGCCUCUGGAGCGUUCGCUGCAUGCGCCCGGGCGGCGUUCAGGCCGAGGAUGGUUAACGGGUGUCUCACCUUGAAGCUGUAUCAGAUGGCGUGGCUGGAGCACGUGGUGACGGAUGCGAUUCGCUACUGGGACACCCGCAAGGGAAGGCUGUCCAACUCUGCGAGUGUGAACGCCCAGAUCGUUGACGGACUCCGCAAGUGCGCGCUCGUGGACGUCAGGGCUGCCAUCGAGCAGUUCCAGCCGCAGUACGACCCCAUCGUGGCUUCAUGGGCGUGGGGUCGCCAUGGACUGCGCCUUUCCGCAAGCGGCAUCCAAGGCCACGAGGCCGCCGCACAGGAGCCAAGCGAGAGCGCAGGGGAUGCUGGCGACGCGUCCUUAGCUUGA